UAGUGGCAGAUUCGAAAAAGCACGUUGUGGUAUACAAGGCAAGUUUCAUCGCUUUUUGACUGUGCCUUUAACUGCAUUCAGUUGAAAUCAUAAGAGCAAACUAAGCUUUGCUUAUAGCGGGGGAAAUCGUCUUAAAAUGUCGUUGAAAACUUUAAAUGGGAUAAUGACAGUAAGUUGUCAACACUAAAACAAAACACAAGACCGUCAACUUCACUCACACGGAUUUCAUAAGUUCAACGGUAAAGCAGUUCAGUUAUCAAGGGGUUUUGCCAGUCUUAAACAUGAACAACAGCCGUCCAAGAACGCCAUUAGUCCGCGAAAAACACAAACCUUUUCGAAGACUAGAGCUCAAUGACAGGCAAACAAACUACAGUCUUUCAAACAAGGUCCCUCUUUGGGACGACCAAGGUCAUCUGAAAUACAAGAAAUGGCGAGCUCUAGUGGCUCAGGCCAAAGUUGUGUUUUCCGAAGGACGACGUUACGGUGAAUUGACUAACUCUACCGGGAACUCUACCACCAAAUGCGAAUCCAGAAAAUGUUUUAGCGAUAGUAAAAACAUUGACACCGUGAGAAGGAAGGAGAUGAAGGUUUGUCUCGACAAAUGGAAAACUAACCUAGCGAGGAAAGACAGAGUGGAACGCCUCAAUUUUAAGCCAUUAGAAUGUUUUCGAAGAAUCGCCAGGAUCGUGCGUACGUUACUUAGAGUAGGGAAUGCUUUGAAGAGUGAUCCUAAGCGUGAUCUGGGAGAAGGGAUAUGUAAAUCAUUCCUGGAGAUGAUGGAAGCGUACAUGAUGAUGAAGAAUAAGGCAUUCAUAACCAGUCUGCCUGCUGCUGACACAGGACCUGCUCUUUUUGAUCCUACUUUAUUCAAGGCUAAUAAAGAGAUUCAAAUUAGUAAGGAAGUGAGGAAUAUCCUAAAUCUUCGAGCCGAUGAAAGGACGCCUGAUCAACUACAAACAGUACUUUAUGCCUGUCAAACAUUAUCCGCCUUCGCUGAACUUCCUCUUCACAUGCAGGAGUCUAUUUGUAAAGUGGCUUGGCAUCAAAGUCUCCCUGCGAACAAGAUUAUAAUCAAGCAAGGCCACCUGCCUGAAAAUUUUUACUUUAUCAUGUCUGGUGCCAUCACGGUUGUAUCAGAGAAUGACUCAACUAAAGGAGAUGAAAAUGUUUUUACGUCACUAGCAACUCUAAAAAGAGGGACAAGCUUUGGAGACACAGCGAUCUUGAAGACAUGUAGACGAACCGCUACUGUAGUAAGCAAGGAUGCGGUACAGUUACUAGUCAUCGGAAGAGAGGAUUAUCAAAGUAUAUUCAUGGGGAGAAGCAAGGAUGGACAAGAACCGAGGCAUAUCAAGUUCUGCAGGACUCUUGGAUUCCUGGCCGAAUUUCCUAUUCAUUUACUGGUUGACAACCAAACUGACUGUAUGUUUCACUAUUUCAGAAGAGGAACCGUAAUCGUUAAAGACAGCCACAAGUCCGACUGGAUCUACAUUGUCGUCUCGGGGAUGUGUGAAGUACUUCUAAACCUCGAAGAAGCCACACCCAAGUUAACAGGCAAACAGAUCGACGCACAAGUAUCGCACGUUGACAUGCUCACUUACUUGACUGAAGAACGUCACUCUAACUUAAGUCAAUACGCGCUGAAUUCAAAAAAUAAGAAACCAAAAGAAAUAGUUAAAGAGAGGCCAAGUUCUUGCGAUUUACCACAUAUAAAAACAAAAAGUAGGGAUUAUUUGUCCUCCCAGAGAAAAAGAGUCGUCAGAUCAGCUUUGAGUGAGUCUACGCUAAGCACUGGACGACAAUUACCUGUAUUCAGGCAGCCAUUCUUACCACCAUUUUUUCAGUUUCCUGUUACAGAUAUAGAUGGCAUAAGACACAAAAAAGCMAAGAAACAAGUAUUUGUUCGAAUUGAUAUUCAACAUCCGAGAAGCAUAUUUGGUCUUUCAAGUCUAGAUUUUGACAAUACUGGAGAAACCAGCGAAACUGCUUCGGUAAGCCUGGUUAGCAGAGGAGCUGAGUGUGUGAUGAUUUCGAAAAAGUUUUUUAUAGCACAUGCAAAGGAACACACAAAAGCAUGGAUAAGACAUAAUGUUGUUCCGUAUCCAACCAAAGAAGUUCUACAGAAGAAUCUGCAACAGAGGGUUACCUGGAAUGCCUACAAACAAGAAAURAUAACAUUAUAAUAUUACAUAUUAUAUGGAAAGUCAAAGCCACAUAACACAUACUCAUAUUUUAUGCUAAUUAUUUUAUUAAAAUCUAUUAAAAUCUUCCAAUUAUUAUAUAUAUACAAGUUAAGUUUUUAACUUUUUUUUAUUACCAAAAACUCUUACAACCAUUUCUAACAACCUUUUWAACUUUGGUGUAAUGUUUCCCCAUUUUAUUUAUAAUGUGAUGUUUCCCCAUUUCAUUUAUUUAACAGUUAGGACAUAAAUGAGUAUGCAUACAACUCAAAUAAGAUUGCACGCAGGAGGUUGCUUAGCAUGAAGGAAGCAUAAGAGYUGCACGAGGCAUAGUCUAGUUCUGGUGGAUUACAAGCUGAGUUAAAUGAGUCUGUCUUUGAUUGAUGUCCAUACAAACUUAAUUCUUAAUGUAUCUCAUUCAUAGUUUGUCCGAAACAUCUGUAAAAUGAUUUACAGAUUUAAAAAUGCACAUUGCAAAAUAACUACUGGUAAGCUGACAUUUCAAUAAAUACAUYAUUUAGCAAAAUUGAGUUUAAAAUUGAGGUUCGGAUAAGAAAUUUAAGAAUUUUUGUUUUACAGAAUUCCAAAUGUUUUAUUUAAUUGUGUUUUUGUCUGCAUUUUGCAGUCUUACUUAAAUUAUGUGAAUACCAAGUUGAAAAAAUGUUCUAUUUGUAGGGUACUUGAUUGUCAUGAAGGAUUAGCCUCUCUAUUCAGUCUUAACACUCUUUUCAAGACAGUUCAAAUCUUUMAGCAUCUCUACAUCACAAAGACAACCUGCAACACCUGAGCCAGCACGAGGGGUACUCAUCUCUGCACUUCCCUCCCAUACAUCUCUUAUGGGGUCAUAGGAUUCCAUAGAUCCAAGGUAUUGAGCACCAUUGUGCCCUCCUACAGCCCAGAUACGUUCACCCAUGGCUCCCRCACCUACUCCUCCUCGACAGGUACUCAUACAGGCUACAUAGGUCCACUGAUUUGUUGAUGGRUCAUAUCGCUCAACUGAAUUAAGUGGGGAAGAGUCAUCAAAGCCACCAAUGGCAUAGAGGUAUUGACCAACGACAGCUACACCUACACCUGAAACAAUYAAGUUAGGGUAUUAUAAAUAACAAUAAACCACUAAUAAACAUAGAAAUGCUGCA